AUGAGGAGCGGCCGCGGCGGCCGUCGAUGCCUCGCCGGGGAGCCGGGUGCCUGCGCCAUGAACCCCGAGAUGGCGAUGGAGCCGCUGGGCAGCCUGCACGGGGCGGCCGGCCAUGAGCCGGAGCUGAUGGGCAGCCCCAGCCCCCACCACGGCGGCCGCAGCGCCGGGCCGCUCCGGGUGGCCCCCCCACCGCCGCCGCCGCCGCCGCCGCACCAGGAGCUGGCCCCCGCCGCCGCCCGGCCGGCCAUGGUGUCCAGCAUGGCCUCGCUGCUGGACGGCGCCGCCGAGUACCGCCCCGAGCUCUCCAUCCCGCUGCACCACGCCAUGAGCAUGCCCUGCGAGUCCUCGCCGCCCGGCAUGGGCAUGAGCAGCACCUACACCACCCUGACGCCACUCCAGCCCCUGCCGCCCAUCUCCACCGUCUCCGACAAGUUCCACCACCCGCACGCCCACCCGCACGCCCACCACCACCACCACCAGCGCCUCUCGGGCAACGUCAGCGGCAGCUUCGCCCUCAUGCGGGACGAGCGCGGGCUGCCCGCCGUCAACAACCUCUACGGGCCCUACAAAGAGAUGCCCGGCAUGGGGCAGAGCCUCUCGCCGCUGGGCAACGGGCUGGGUCCCCUCCACAACGCCCAGCAGGGUCUCCACGGCUACGGGCCGCCGGGCCACGACAAGAUGCUCAGCCCCAACUUCGACGCCCACGCGGCCAUGCUGGCGCGGGGGGACCAGCACCUCUCGCGGGGUCUGGGGACGCCCCCCGCCAUGAUGCCCCACCUGAACGGCAUCCACCACCCCCCGCACCCGGGCCCCCCGCCGCCCCACGGGCCCGCGCUGCCCGCCGCCCGCGACCGGCCGCCCUCCUCCUCCUCCGGCGCGCAGGUGAGCGGCUCGGGGCAGCUGGAGGAGAUCAACACCAAAGAAGUGGCACAAAGGAUCACGGCGGAGCUGAAGCGCUACAGCAUCCCGCAGGCCAUCUUCGCCCAGCGGGUGCUGUGCCGCUCUCAGGGGACCCUCUCGGACUUGCUGCGGAACCCUAAGCCUUGGAGUAAACUCAAGUCCGGCAGGGAGACCUUCCGGAGGAUGUGGAAGUGGCUGCAGGAGCCGGAGUUCCAGAGGAUGUCGGCCCUGCGGUUGGCAGCCUGCAAACGCAAAGAGCAAGAGCCGAACAAAGAGCGGAACAACUCGCAGAAGAAGUCCCGGCUGGUUUUCACGGACCUGCAGCGCAGAACGCUUUUCGCCAUCUUCAAGGAGAACAAGCGUCCUUCCAAAGAAAUGCAGAUCACCAUCUCGCAGCAGCUGGGGCUGGAGCUCACCACCGUCAGCAACUUCUUCAUGAACGCCCGCCGGCGCAGCCUGGAGAAGUGGCAGGACGACCUGAGCUCCGGGGGUUCGUCCUCAGCCUCCAGCACCUGCACCAAAGCGUGA